AUGUAUACAUAUAGUUUAUAUGGUGAUUUAAAUCCAUCUAUUUCAUUUGAUAAUGUAUGGUGUAAAAUACGUGCAUAUCUUGUUUUUGUUGGAUAUUGUAUGUUUUUUAAUACAUUUGUUCUUCAAGCUAUGUUUCGUCUCUUUCGAAUAGCUUUUUAUAGACGAAAGUCUUUACAAUCACGUGAAUUUUUUAUAAUUGCAUUUAUUAUUCAAUGGAUCUUAUCAUUUAUUUUACCACUUUCUAGUCUUCUACCAAAUGAUUAUGAAUAUUUGUCAUUAUAUUUUACAUGUUGGAUUUCUUUUGAGAAUAUUCGUGGAACACUUACUCCAAUAAUAUUAAUUUAUGGUUCGUCUAUAUCGGCUAUAUUUUUUAUUUAUGUUUAUAUUAUUCGUUAUAUACGUCGAACAAAUCGAAUACAACAAGUACGACAAAGAUCGAAUGAACGAGAUUUAUUAGUUCUUAAGCGAAUUGUUAUUCUUAUAUUAGUUACAGUUAGUAUUGGUUUACCUUCCGUAUUUAUAUUUCUGAUCUAUGUCAUUGGUCAUUAUUUGAUACCAUAUACUCAUCAUAUUGAAGGAAUGUGUUUAAUAACUGGACUUUUCACUGCAACGAUUUGUUUUACAAUUAUAUCACCUCAAAUAAAAAAACUAUUUCGACAUAAUCAACAACAGAUAUAUCCUAUUGAAUUAAUAGGAAAUAAUCAAGAUCAUAUAACUCGUACAUUUCAACAAUUAACCCAUCAACAUCAACCAAGAUCAAUUCUUAACUAA